AUGGCCAAGAAUUCCAAGUUCUGUGAAUUUGCUUUCUUUAUCUUUAACCAGACGGACUCACACUCCAGGGCUAGAAUUAGUGGCGCUACACUUAAAUUCCUGCUGACGAGCAGCUUCGUCGAAAUGCUUGAUUUUUUUGUCGUCUUAUCCCGGGGCGGGAUCGUGCUAUGGUACAUAAACAAUACCAAAGAAAUUGUAAGAACUUCUAUAAAUACGUUUCUGAGGUCCCUUAUCUUGAAGGCAGGAUAUCAAAAAGUCUUACAACUAAGUUAUGUCGACAAAUUCCUCACAUCAAUAGCACUAAAAUUUCGAGAUAGAUACAAAAACGAACUUUUGGAAAAGAAUUACUAUGGAUAUUUUGAAGACUUUGGGUCGUCUUUUGAUACCAUCCUCAAGACGGUUGAGAGUGAGUCGCGUGCGCAACAAAAGGCUCCAAGGCAAAUGCGGUCUUUUGCUAGUUCCGAAAAGUCAAAAAAGACUGUUGCAUCGAUGAUAAUUAAUAAAGACGAGCCCGUGGUUGUCCCUGCAACCGAAAAGAAGCCCGAAAUAAGCAAAUCCAAACCGUCUAUCGACCAACUGAAGUCGGAUUUGGGCAUAGACCCACCUCUUAAGAAGCCAGACCGUGCUUCACCGAGGGCAACCGUUGCUGCGAAAAUGACAAAGAUAAGCAAAAAGGCCAAGGAAAAAUCAAGUCCCACUGAGUCUCCGUCUUCUGCAAAACCUGGGAAGCGUGUAAAAGAGUUGAGGCGUUGGGACAAUACGGCUACCGGAGCCGAAGCAGCUGCUCUUGAUUACAGCGCCACAAAAGCGAAUGGGAAUUCUACGGCCUCUGGAAAUGGCGCCUCUGCUGACAAUGGAAAUAUGCCUGCAGGACUCGCACUUUCAGCCAGUGAGGCAAAGAACUUGGCUAGUCUUCGUGGCACCCUGCAAGAAGGUUUCGACGAACUUGAAAAUGCCUCAUCUGCGUCCUCCGGUAACUUCAUGUCAAGCCUGCUACGUGGUCUCAAAAACACUGCUUCGGGUCGUGCUCUGACACUCGGGGACAUUACACCGACGUUAGACCAUCUACGGGAUCAUUUGGUGCACAAGAACGUCGCUUUCGAGAUCGCCAACAGACUCUGUGAAAGUAUAUCUGAACGUCUGGUGGGCGUCCAGUUAGGCCGUUUUGAGCGUGUAAGCACUCGAGUGCGUACAGCCUUGGAGGAGGCAUGCACUCGUCUCCUUGCUUCCGGGCGUCGCGUGGAUGUUCUCCGUGAUGCUCUUGAUGCGCGAGCUUCCGGGAAACCCUAUGUCAUCGUCUUUUGCGGUGUCAAUGGGGUUGGAAAGUCUACCAAUCUUGCCAAAAUUGCAUUUUGGUUAAUUGAGAAAGACCUCAAGGUGCUGAUUGCUGCCUGUGAUACAUUCCGUUCUGGCGCUGUGGAGCAGCUCAGGACUCACGUGCAUAAACUCAACUACAUCCAUCCUCCAGAGCAACACGAGGGUGAGACCAUGGUCGAGCUUUUUGAGAAGGGCUAUGGCAAGGAUGCCGCGUCCAUCGCCAUGUCCGCGAUUGCCUAUGGUGAGUGGCGGCAGGUCAUUUUCGUGGAAAUAUCCUAG